GUUUACGCGAGCAUAAACAACAAAUAGUUGCUGUUUUUUUUUUCUUUAUAUUUUUUUUUUAUGGUGAUUAACUGACUGUUGUUGUGAACUAUGAACAGCUUGGCUUUGUUUGCAUUUGCAGUUUGGGCCAUAUUUUUGCGCUACUUGCCGCAAAUAUUUCAAUUUCUGCGGCUGCUGAAGUUCAGCAAGACGCUGCCAGGACCAACGGUGGGCGAACUAAUUGAAAAUGUUAAAAAGGGUGAGGUGCUCAAUUGGCUGAAGCAGCUGCGUCAGCAGCAUGGUCCUGUUUUUCGCAUUUGGUUUGGCAAGGAUCUGAUGGUGUUCUUUACCUCGCCUGAGGAUAUCAAACAGCUGCUAAGCAACAAUGCGCUCAUCUACAAGUCUAAGAACUAUCAGAUUUUGGAGCCUUGGCUGGGCAAGGGGCUGCUCACCAAUGGCGGCGAGUCGUGGCAUCGCAGGCGCAAGCUGCUUACGCCGGGAUUUCAUUUUCGCAUACUCAGCGAGUUCAAGGAGCCCAUGGAGGAGAACUGCCGCAUUCUGGUGAGUCGCCUGCGUGAACAUGCGACCAAUGGCGAAGCCUUCGAUAUUUAUCCCUACAUCACGCUCUUUGCUCUGGAUGCCAUUUGUGAAACGGCCAUGGGCAUCAAGAAGCACGCGCAGAUGCAAAGCGAAUCCGAAUAUGUGCAGGCGGUCAAGACCAUCUGUCAUAUAUUGCACAAGCAGAGCUUCAGCUUCUGGCAGCGCCUGAACUUUGUCUUCAAUCUAACUGCCAAGGGACGCGAACGCAAUGCGGCAUUGAGUGUGCUGCAUGGCGAGACGGAUCGUGUGAUACGCCAGCGUCGUGAGCAGCUGUUGCAGCAGCAGCAGCGGCAGGCGGAGCAGAAUGAUGAUGAUGAUGAUGAUGUGGGUGGCAAGCGGCGUUUGGCGUUCUUGGACAUGUUGCUGCAGUCACAAUUGGACGGCGUCGAGCUAAGUGAUCGCGAUAUACGCGAGGAAGUGGAUACAUUUAUGUUCGAGGGACAUGAUACGACCAGCUCGGCCAUAGCUUUUGCUAUUUACGAGCUGUCCCGGCAUGCUGAAGUGCAGCAGCGUGUGUAUGAGGAGGCGCUGGAGCUGCAGGGACGCGAAAAGGAGUCGAUGCCUUAUUUGGAGGCGGUUAUCAAGGAAACGCUGCGUUUAUAUCCUUCAGUGCCGUUUUUCUCACGCGUCGCGCUGGAGGAUUUGCAGGUGGGCAGCAUAACUGUGCCCAAGGGUGCAUCGGUUAGUCAUUUGAUUUAUAUGCUGCAUCGCGAUCCGCAAAGCUUUCCAGAUCCCGAACGCUUUGACCCCGAUCGCUUCUAUUUAAACGAAAAGCAACUGCAUCCUUUUGCUUUUGCUGCCUUUAGCGCUGGACCACGCAAUUGCAUAGGUCAAAAGUUUGCCAUGCUGGAGCUCAAGUGCACGCUUUCAAUGCUGCUGCGUCAUUAUGAAUUCUUGCCAGCUCCUGGUCAUCAGCCCAUUACCUUGGCUGAGUUGGUGAUGAAGAGCGGCAAUGGUGUCAUGGUGCGCAUUAAGUCGCGCCCACUGACCCACUAAGCAACAUACUCCCCUCCCUUAUCUUUUAAGAGCACUGCUAAAUAUAGUUCAAACAAAAAAAAAAAAAA